AUGAGAAGGCAAGGAGAAAAAGGCAACGAGAAGGCAAGGAGAAAAAGGCAACGAGAAGGCAAGGAGAAAAAGGCAACGAGAAGGCAAGGAGAAAAAGGCAACGAGAAGGCAAGGAGAAAAAGGCAACGAGAAGGCAAGGAGAAAAAGGAAACGAGAAGGCAAGGAGAAAAAGGCAACGAGAAGGCAAGGAGAAAAAGGCAACGAGAAGGCAAGGAGAAAAAGGCAACGAGAAGGCAAGGAGAAAAAGGCAACGAGAAGGCAAGGAGAAAAAGGCAACGAGAAGGCAAGGAGAAAAAGGCAACGAGAAGGCAAGGAGAAAAAGGCAACGAGAAGGCAAGAAGAAAAAGGCAACGAGAAGGCAAGGAGAAAAAGGCAACGAGAAGGCAAGGAGAAAAAGGCAACGAGAAGGCAAGGAGAAAAAGGCAACGAGAAGGCAAGGAGAAAAAGGCAACGAGAAGGCAAGGAGAAAAAGGCAACGAGAAGGCAAGGAGAAAAAGGCAACGAGAAGGCAAGGAGAAAAAGGCAACGAGAAGGCAAGGAGAAAAAGGCAACGAGAAGGCAAGGAGAAAAAGGCAACGAGAAGGCAAGGAGAAAAAGGCAACGAGAAGGCAAGGAGAAAAAGGCAACGAGAAGGGACCCACGCUUCCUUUCCAUCUGUUCAUCAAGAUAAUGGACACCAGAGAUCUUCAGAAAUUAGCACCUUGGACCCUGCUGUAUGCUGAUGAUGGUCUGCUUGCUAAUCAAAAACAAGAACGACUUCCAAUGGCAAGUCUCAGCUUGGAAGAAUGGACUACGGAUCAGUACAAAGAAAACUGA